AACAUUGGACGGAAGUGUUGUUGUGGAGGUUACCAAAUAGGUGUUUGUUUCCCCUGUUUUAUAGGUAUUUUGCCAGGCUGUGUCGUAUAGAUUGCAGAUAGACAUAGUACUUGUGGAUAAUUGUAUUGAACUGGACUGCGCUGGCUAUCCGAGAACGAGAUAUACACCUCUUUAAUAUCGCCCAUAUUUGGAGAAGUUAGUAAUCAUUCACACGACACAAUGGAUGCGAAGGAGAUAAAGACACACAUUGUCCAUCUGGAGAAGGCCAAGGAUGACAAGAUCGUGUUAGAGAUUCUGAAUACCUUGAAGAGGGAAAUCAAACCCACCGAGAAGCUUUUAAGAGAGACAAAAGUUGGUAUUGCAGUGAACAAGCACAAAUCAUCCGAGAACAAGGAGAUUUCGCAGUUGGUCACCAAGAUUAUCAAGUACUGGAGGGAUGAAGUCUCCAAGGAAAAGAAGCAGAAGAGUGGGAGUGUCACUGCAAAGAAGCCAAUGCCGGAAACGAGCUCCACCACACCUUCUAAUGGCAAUGAACCUAAGAAAGAGGAAAAGUACGUCGCCCAUCAACCUCGUAACGAUAAAAAUGAUGGAGUAAAGACAGAGGUUUACGAGAAUAAGAUGAGAAACAACUGUGUUAGAGUGUUGUACAACGCGCUAUGCUUCGACUCGGAACAUCCUCCUCAUGCGGUGUUAGCCGUUGCAAAGGACAUUGAACGUGAAGUCUUCAAGGCAGAGAAAAUGGACACCAGCUCAAACUCCAAAUAUGCACAGAGACUGAGAACGUUGACAUCAAACCUGAGACAGAAGAAUAACCCUGAGCUGAGACAGAGAGUCAUCGAUGGUGAAUUGGCUGCCUCCCAACUUAUCAACAUGUCGACGAAGGAAUUGGCGCCGGAAUCCCUUAAAAAGGAACUGGAAGAGAUCAAGAAGAAGAACCUGUUCAACGCACAAGGCGCCACGCAAGAGAGAGCCGUCACAGAUAGAUUCACAUGUGGUAAGUGUAAAGAGAAGAAGGUCAGUUACUACCAAUUGCAGACCAGAUCUGCUGAUGAGCCUCUAACAACUUUUUGUACGUGUGAAAACUGUGGCAACAGAUGGAAAUUCUCCUGAGUUGCUGCUUGAUACCCCUGGUACCUAUUAUAUAUACAUAUACCUCUGUUCUAUACCCUAUUCCACCACU